CCGGAUCCACAUUCAUCUCCUCCAGGCGACUCGACGACAGCUCUCCGCCGUCCCGUACCUCUCUCCUCUUCCUCUCAGUCUGACCUACCCCAACGCGGCUCCAAUCUCUCUCCUAUAUAGUAGUACCUCCUACACCUGCCGCCUAGCCGUACCACAGCGUCUCCGCCAUCACCAUUCCCGUUCUUCUUCGUCGCGACUUCGCGUUCCUGCUGCCUCUAUCCAUCCGCAAAUCUUUGGCAAUUGGGCUUUGAGGGCCUCCCAUACAGUUUUCUGCUAAAAAUAGCUUCUUUUGUUCAAAGGUAAUUACACUUGCAGAAAUGGAUGCUACUGCUGGCUAAUAGUAAUAAAAUUUAUAUGGCCAAAGGUAUUAAGGAAAUGUGUAAGGGAGGGAACGGUUUCUACCUCAUCAAUAAGGAAACAAGCCUUGAUUCAAUCAGGAUAAAUCAUUCCAAAGCCCCUCAUUAUCGGAUGGCAUUUGAUACAGCAAGAAUAACUAAAACUGAGACAUCCAAGUUGAAGAACAUAAUUUCAGCAUCAUUCAAACCCUUGUCUCUUACCAUUCCCAUAGGAGACGGAUUCCACGAAUCGUUCCAUUCGAGCCACUGCCAUUUAUAGUAGAUAAGAUCUCUAAGUAAGUCAAAGGUUUUCGUUUCCAUUGGUUACAAGGGGAGGCAAAAAUUGAGCUGCUUGGUGCCACAUUUUGCAAUGCUUACACUUGUUGGUACAAGAGAACAAUUUGUUCAACCACAGACGUGCCUGCGUGCUAAAAUGCUGCUCAAGGCUCCAACAAGGCCAAAACUUUCCUCAUGCUUUAUGCCACAAGAGGAAUGUGAUCAAUACUGUGCUUUAAUACCUGGCUUGCCAGAAGACCUGGCAAAGAUAUGUCUUGCCCUUGUUCCUCGAUGCCACUUCCCUAUCAUGGGUGGAGUGUCCAAGAGGUGGAUGUCAUUCCUAGAGAGUAAAGAAUUAAUUGCUGUAAGGAGGGAGGUUGGGAAGCUUGAGGAGUGUGUGUAUGUCCUGACCGCUGAUGCUGAAGCAAAGGGGUCUCAUUGGGAGGUAUUGGGGUGUCCUGGGCAAAAGCACACCCCUCUUCCACCUAUGCCUGGACCAACCAAAGCUGGCUUUGGCGUGGUUGUCCUUGCUGGGAAGCUCUUUGUCAUUGCUGGCUAUGCUGCUGACCAUGGCAAGGAAUGUGUUUCUGAUGAGGUUUACCAAUAUGAUUCUUGCCUCAACAGGUGGACCGCCCUUUCGAAGAUGAAUGUGGCUCGUUGUGACUUUGCAUGUGCAGAGGUCAAUGGUAUGAUAUAUGUUGCUGGUGGAUUUGGCCCCGGUGGUGAUAGUUUAUCUAGCGUCGAAGUUUAUGACCCAGAACAAAAUAAAUGGACAUUCAUUGAGAACCUUCGCAGGCCAAGAUGGGGCUGCUUUGGAUGUAGCUUUGAUGGCAAUAUGUACGUGAUGGGAGGUCGUUCGAGCUUCACAAUUGGCAAUUCACGUUUCAUUGACAUCUACAAUACUAAUAACCACACUUGGGGUGAGGUCAAGAAGGGCUGUGUAAUGGUCAUGGCGCAUGCUGUUCUUGGUGAUAAGCUCUUCUGCAUCGAAUGGAAGAACCAGAGGUCACUAGCAAUUUUCAACCCAGAAGAUAAUUCUUGGCAGAAGGUCUCAGUGCCGCUUACUGGUAGUUCUAGCACUCGUUUUAAUCUCGGGAUACAUGAUGGGAAACUGCUGCUGUUCUCACUGGAGGAAGAGCCUGGAUAUGAGACACUGAUGUAUGACCCUGCUGCACCAAGAGGAGCUGAAUGGGGCACAUCUAAGCUCAAGCCAUCAGGAUUAUGCCUGUGCAGUGUGACAAUAAAAGCUUGAUGAUCUGGCUUGUGGUCCUGAAAGGAUGUCAGUGUAUGCUUAAUUGCUGUUAAUACCAGGUUUACCUUUUGUGUUUGCUCCCUACUUGCUGGAAUUUAUACCAGCUUUAUAUUCCACCCAAUAAAAGGAUAUGAAGUUCAUUCUUCCGUUCAUUCGAUUUGCUGAAAGUGAGCCAUGUCAUAAUGUACUCUGUUUUCACUUGUACUGAACUAUUUGAUCAAAGAACAUUUCAGUUUUCA